GAAAGCCAUCAACUCGCCGCACCCCUCCCCCACCCGAAGCUUCUUUCCUUCACAAGUAGCUAAGCAUCAUGGGAGUCAGGUGGGAAUAUUUAUUGUCCGAUCCAAAAUUAGAACAGUGCUGCGGACUGUAGAAUGUGGGAAUUUUUUUUACCAUUAGUAAGUAUGGUUUAAACAAAAACAAGUCGUCGUUAGCUGAGGAAAACUACUGUCCAAGAUGUCUAGUCAUGCUAAGAUGAAGAAGAAGAAGAAGUUCAGGGUUAUGAGCCAGAAAGUUAAAGUCUUUCGCUCCAAAAAUCCGCUUCUCAGUGUUUUGAUGUGGGGAGUCAGUCAUUCGGUAAGCAUGAUCUCGUCGUUUUUUUCCUAAAACGGUGUUUAUAUGAGGCUGAUGCUUGUAUUAUGAUUUUCUUAGAUCAACGAACUCUCGCAUGUGAAUAAUCCAGCCAUGCUAAUGCCAGACGACUUUAAAGCGUUCACAAAACUUCGCGUGGACAAUCACCUCUUCAACAAGUAAGUGCCACGAAGGCCAGUGUGUUUAUAUGAGUCCUGUUAUAUUUUAGAAUUAUUAUUUAUUGUGAAUGAGUUUUAAAUCUGCUUGGCGUUGUUCGGAGUUUAUUUCUUGUGUUUCUGUUUCGUUUUCAUGAUUUGACACGAAGUUAAGUUUGGUCCGGAAAAUCGGAAUAAAUCCAAGCGUCUCUGCCAAGCAUGUUUAUGCGAGAACUGUGAAGCUUUCAUUAAACUUAAGAUUUUCCUAACCUUCCUUAGGUUUUUUUCCCGUUGUUACGGAAGAUAUCAAUUUUUUUCUUUGUAUUGUCGAUUGGGUUCCUGAAACAUGACAAGGUUUUACAUGUGUAUCAGCGUUUUCAAAGUUAAACCGUCGAUCGAAUAGGUUCUUCAUUUAAUUCGGUCUGGGCACUUGUCACCUGCAAGACUUGAAUUCAUUAUCUAGACAAUCGUGCAAGCGUAUUUGGACUUUCAAAGCCUUUUCCCAUGAAAUCGUUACCGCAAAGGCAUAUACCCAUCUUGAAAGCUGAUUUAUUUCGUAAACAACACUUCCUUUUCGCACAUUGCAGCCUUAUCGACAGAAUGGUCGGUGUAGCCAGCUAUUCAGCAUUUAUUGUAUUUUUAUUCUCUGUAUCAAAUUGCUUAAUAAUUUACGUGCGGUUUUGAUUUCCCCCUGCGUGGAAAAUGUCUAAAUUUUUAAAUAUAGACGUCUUCUUAAUUUCAGCUCUAGUCAGGAUUAAUUUCAGAAGUCACAUUUUUUCCUUAUUAAGAGUAGCUUGCGUAAAUGUGCAUAUGUGAAGAUAUUACUGAAUAAUGUUAUUGGGUGAGCAAACUUGAGGCUGAAUUUUAGUUAGGAAAGAAUGUUAUUUUCAUCAUUUUACAUUCGUGCAUUUGAUUGAUGCACUCCUUUAUAUUUCCCCCUAAGGACCUCAUACUGUUAUGAGAUGAUAAGGAGCAAAAUUAAGUCAAUUUUAUGGCUGAAUUAGUUUAUUGGAAGAAUAGUCUGAUUAUUUGGUUUUGUCUGGUUAAUUUUUUUGACAUACAGUUUAAGCUUGGCGAACUCACAUAAUCUGAAAAAAAUUUGAUAAGCUAGAGCUCAUUGAAACUGGAGCACAGCCUUGCUGUUUACCUAUUACUACAAACAAUUUGAAAUGAUUGAUUAAUCAGGUUGAAGCAUUGUUCUAUGGAAUCACAGUGUAUUUGUGCAUAGUUAGUGAUGUGUUUUAGAUAGCUUAUACAGCUACCUGUAAAAGAAUUCAAGAUUUCUUUUAUUUCUUGUAUGUUUAUGCGAUCAGAAGGAAACUUUAAGAAAUCAGAGUUUGAUUUCUCAUUUGAUUCAUAUAAAUGCCUUUGGCUGUCUGAGUUUUAUUGUAAUUACACACAGCUAAUGUUUUUGGUGCUUACCCAUUGAAACAACCUUUAUACAUGGUGUCAUAAUAAGAAAUGAUUGGUUUUAUAGUAUAUUAUUAAAUUAAAGCAACAAUGAGAAGCAAUUUCAGAGUUUUCUUUUCUAUUUAAAGCAGUAAAUCUCUCAAUUCAUGAAGUUUGUUUGAUUAUUUACAUAUUUUUCAAAAUUUGUCUGGGCACAUCUGUUAUUGUUUUUUUUUUUCUGUGUUAAUUUGAUCACUUAUGAAUGAAUGUCCUUGACAUACUGUAAUCCUAUACAGGCCAAGUGAUGUUCUGUUUUUAAAUGCAUUUUUGUCACUUUGGCAAGAGAUACCAUCUAAAGUAAAGAACAUGGUUCAAAUCUGGCUUUGAAACAUAAAAUUUGUCUUUUUUCAAACUCAUCAUUUAGAAAGAACAAAAGGAAAAAUUGAACAAAGUACAAGAUUUACUGAUGAAGUAGAAGUGAUUUUUUUCACGUGCUAUAGCUAUAAACUGGUGAAAUGAGAAAGCGAAAAUAAAUAAGACUUUUACAAUCGAUCUUCUUAAAUUUUCACCCUAAACCAAGAAGGAAUGUUCAGAUAAGCCAAGUGACACUCAAGUGAGGUACUCUAUAUUAACCAACAGAUAUGUUAAAAAUUAUCCCUCCUUGUGUCCAACUGACUCUCUCCUAACCUUGGUUUGUUUGGCUAUCUUUCUGAGGAGGAACAUUUUAAAGGCAGAAAACAUGGAGUAUAGUUAGCUACUUUUGCCCCUUUUGGCCAUGAAAUUAAAUAAAACAAGCACCAUAGGUUGGUAAAAGAUAUUUUGUGACAGUCUUUUAAUCAAAGUAUAAUUAGAACUGUUAGAUACAAUGAGGAAGUGGGUAUGAUGUGUGAAUGUGUUGAUGACAAGUAGUCAUCGAAGGAAUCAUCGCCAGAGACUUUUCUAGAUGUGAAAAAUAAUAUAAGCUAUGAAAAAUUCCCUUUGGCAGAGAGCCAAUGUCUUGUCUGACCAAACAGCUCAAACUAUUUUUAAAUCCCAUAUAAAAAGCACUUAGAUCAAUUUAUUGUAGGACUGCAUUAGGUAGCAAAGGAAUUAUCACAGAGAAUGCAUUUGCCUACUCAGGGAUGAUUAUAGGAAAUCCCUCUAAUACAGGAGGUAAAUUGUAUAUGAUAAUGAUUUGAUUGGAGGAAAUCUCAGUUUCUUAAGCACAUGCUAAAAAAAUUGGUGAGAGGCAAAGUUAGGCAUCUGAUGGGGAGAAGCCUUAAAAUUCUGCUGACCAACUUUUGGUAUUCUGUUGCAUUUACAGUUAGUUUUGGUAAAUUUGGACUCUGUUCAUAUAAGGGAAGAAGCAUCCAGGGUUUUGUGUAAGGUAGCCUGCUGGAAAUAGCAACCACAACAAAUAACAUAGUCAAAAUAAUGAAACUUUGGCCAAUAAUUGGUUAUAAAAGAAAAUAUGCAAGAUGAGUUUUCUUUAGAAUUCCAGCUGUUAUUCAUGUUUUGGUAGUUUUUCAAGUAAAAUGCUACAGCAGGGUUUUACAUCUGAUGUAGCAUCAUGAUAGUUUAUGCACGCAAAAGUGUAAGUAUUGGCACAUGUGCCAUUGAGGUUAAAAUAUUCUGUGGUUAUCUUAAUACAUUUGUGAAACUGUUUCUUUAAAAAAUUAUAUCUAAUGCAGACACUAGAAGGUCAUAGGGAUUCUUUGUAGGAAAGAUACACUCAACUUCAUAAACUUUUCAUUCAAAUUUUAUUUUCAUGCAUAUUUAGCUUUGUAUUUAGUGACCUAUGAUGAUUGAUUUGAAACAAAUAAGAUUGCAAAAAUUGAACCAAGGAUCUAAUUGAACUACAAUAUCUUUACAAACAAUUUUUUUAAAUAAACAUCCUAUAUAGCUAAGAUAUAAUGAGAAAAUCAACUUAUGCAUUGUUACAAAAAAGUCUCAGAACAUUAUUAUAAUCCACUAAAUAUAAUUGUGAUGAAGUGAUUUAUGAAAAAGAGGAAUAUACUGUAAGAACAUUGUUCCCAGCCAAUUUAUGCUGAGCUUGGGAGUAUUUUUGCACUAAUUUAAAAACUUGCAGUGGAAAGAGUGGGAGGGUUUGGGGUGGAGCACAGGCUUUCUGCAUCCCCUUCUCAACUGCCUAUGCAAGUCUUACAUGUACAAAAAAUACAACCCUAAAAAAACUGCUUUCUGGGAGAAACAAAUGCCAAAGUGGUUGGAUUAAACUCAAAGGUAGUCAAGGAUUGUGGACAUUGGCAGAGCUUAGCACGUAUUGCAAAUGAGAAAGCGUUAAACUGAGGGGUACUGAUUUUUCAAGAUAGCCCAUUUGAUAUGUAAGGAAACAUGCAUGUACCUAAUCUUUGUAUGAGUUUAUUAUUUGCCUCAACCAUCCCUCUUCAAAUUCUAGAACUCUUUUUCUCUGGAUUGUCUUGUGAAAAACAAGAUAGGUUUUAAUCCAUGUCUCACAUAUUUCUUUGCAGAGAAAAUUUUCCAAGCCAUUUCAAGUUCAAAGAAUACUGCCCUUUAGUCUUCAGACAGCUUCGGGAACGUUUUGGUAUUGAUGACAGCCAUUAUGCCGUAAGUAGUUGACUUUUGUCUCCAAUCUUGGCUUUCUAUGGCAAAAUACAUACAGGUAUGCACUUACAAGCUUCAGAUUUGUGAAACAAUUUUGUUUAAUUUGUAUCUUCCAGGCUUCCUUUCAGAGUCCUCCCUUAGUCAUGCCCUCACCUGGUCGAAGUGGUGCCAAAUUCUUUAUUUCCAAAGACAAAAGGUUCUAUGUGAAAACAAUAGAGAGUGAAGAUAUUGAAAGACUUCACAACAUUCUUCCACAGUACCAUCAUGUGAGUACAGCAGUUUCCAGAGGAGUGUGAUCAUUAUUACCAAUAAUUUUCCUCAAAAAUUGAUCCUUGAUCCUCAAUAAUUAAUUCUCAAUUCUCACUCAAGGAGGCUUGAUUCUUGAUCGUCGAUUCUCCAUCCUUAAUUCUCAAAAAUGUCCCCACUGUCAAUCAGCUUUUGAGUAGUACUGUAAAUGCACAUUUACUACACCUUUUCAAUAAUAACCACACAUAUUUUCCUUUACAAAUCUUUUGCAGUAUAUUGUUGAGAAACAUGCCAAAACACUGUUGCCCCAGUACUUGGCUGUGUACCGGAUCACAGUGGAUAACAAGGAGACCUACCUUUUAGUAAUGAAGAGUGUGUUUAGUUCUAAGUUUAAAAUUCACAAGAAGUAUGACUUAAAAGGUUCUACAGUUGACAGACAAGCAAGUACUAAGGAAAAGGUAACAGUAAUUGCUAUGUUUUGUAUUUUAAGAUUGAUAAUAAAAACUAGUAAGCUCUCAAGUUCAUGUUAAGAGGGCUAUGAUGUAAUUUCCAGUAACAUCCUCACAGGUUUGUGAGGUCAUGUCUCUAAGUGUGCUAAAAGGGACUCUAAAACCAUCAAGAUGAUGUAGAUAUACAUGUACAUUUUAGACAUUUUUUUUCAAGAGGAUAUUAUUGGUUUUCCAGACAAAAGAAAAUCCUACAUUCAAGGACAAUGAUUUCACAAAAGAUAAUGCAAAGCUUCGUAUUGGGGAUGAAGUGAAGAAAGACUUACUACAAAGAGUCAAGGAUGAUGUUGAGGUGAGACUUCUAGUUUACCCUUUCUGCAUGGUUUGGGAUUUUUCAUUGCCCCCUUUAACUGCCCAUAUCUGAUAACUAGCUCUCCUUUCUAGCUGCUACACAUUUCCUCCUAAAUCUGUAGGAGAGUUUGAUGUUUUAUCAGAAUAAGCAUUGUUGUCACUUUAUUGCAGGAGAAUGUAUUGGUAAUGUCAAAAGGAGUUACCUAUUAAUCUCUUCUGCAGUUUCACCUUAGCAGCAAAGGAACAUUUUUAAUCAAAUCCCUUUUUUUUUUGGAGAGUCAAGUGUUUGAAAAUGACAAGCAAAGCCCUUUUGGUUGAUAAGCAGGCAGGCAAACUAUAGAAUUUUGUUAUAUACCUAGACUUUCACUCAACAAAAUGAGCACUAUGAUUGGUUGAUUCUUGGUCACGUGCCCCUGGUCAAAUUCAAAUGUAUCCUGACCAGGACACAACUGCACAGUUGUUGCACAUGCCCCCAAAAUUACAGCACAUGGUUGUUUAAGGGAAAAUCUAAAUAUAUAACAAAGUACUUAAUGUGUGGUCCCUUGGGAAACUAAUUUGUUUUGUUUUCCCAAGAGUCCUGAUGUUUCCUGAGACAAAGUCUUGGGAAACAUCAGGACUCCCGGGAAAACAAAACUAACUGUUUCCUUCAGAACCUAAUUUAAAGUAUAUAUUAUUGUACUGGCCCCAGUUGUUGAAAGAUCAGAUAACACUAUCCACAGGAUAAAUCUCUAUCCAGUGGAUAACAAGAUAUGUUUUGCCAUGACUUAUCCACUGGAUAGUGAUUUAUCAAUUGGGUAGCAAAUACUAUUUGAUGCAAAUGAUGGCAAAGAUUUCAAACAAAAAACAAAUGAAAUGAAGUGAAAUCUUUCACCUAAGAAUUGGUAUUUUCCUUUCAUGCAGUUUUUGACAAGUCUUAACAUCAUGGACUAUAGCUUGCUGGUAGGAAUUCAUGAUGCUGACCUUGCAGAGGCAGGAAAUGAUGUGGAUGAUUUUCUGGGGGGUGUAGACAGUAAUGAAGAUAGUGAGCCAGAGUCUCCUCGUGAAGGUGACUCACCCCAGGAAUCUGACUCCCCGGGUGAGGCAGAUAUGCUGUACUCUGAUACACCUCCAACAACUCCUCCUGCUAACUGUGAUGAUCACAGAGAGAGAAAUAUCAGUUAUGGAAGCACUGAUCUUGAUAUGAGAGAGGAUGAGGAUGACACAGAGGGCUUUCAAAGUAUAGAUGGUAUGUGUUGAAAUGAACAUCUUAGACUAGAAACAAACACUUGAAGUGGAAUGUUGAGGUAUAUGAGUACACAUUAAAGGGUUUUAAAACAGAAGCAGUGAUUGAGAAAAUGAGAUGCAAAGGGUCGGUCAAACAUCUGAGAUCUAAAUCUCCAAAUCAUCUAUCAUAUGUUUCUUUGAUGUUUGGUGUUGAGAUUUCAGUGUUUUUUCACAUCAACAAACCCUCUUAUCUGACAAUCUUAUCUUGUGUCCAGAUUAAUUAAGGUUUUCAACUGAAUAUUCUUUAAAAUUCCACCGGACAAAAAUAGAAGAAUGAUCUUAAAUUCACUUUCUUUUUUUCUAGAAAACAGACGUCAGUGUUAUUACCUUGGUAUCAUAGAUGUGCUAACAUUUUAUGGUGCUGGAAAAAAGGCUGCUCAUGCUGCGAAAACUGUCAAACAUGGGGUGAGUAAAUGCUUGCCUAGUUAACUGAAAUUUGUAUUUGAGGUCACUGUUUAUGUAAUUGGGCAGUGAAAACACCUAUGGUCUACUCAUCAGAUGAUAUUUCCCACAAGGGUGACACAAAAUCCAUUUGGCACACUUUGGCAAACACAGAAUUAUACCUUGCUAAGUAUGAAAAACAUCCUGAAUGCAAAGUAAUUUGAAAUGGGGUAACAGAUUUUUAUAGCAUGUUUUAUUUUAUGUUUAUUGAAAGAGGUUUGGGAAGUGUGGGAGAUAGGUACAUGUAACAUAGUAGGUGGCUCACUGAUACUCAGAUAUCUGCAAGUCCUGUUGUGUCCUUGGUAAAAAAAAAGUUUUAGCUGCAUGAUGUUAUAUACAAAUGUAUACAAGAGGGAAUUUUGAAGUCAUAAUUGCCUUGAAUAUCAGAAAUAGCCCUGCCCCUUUCAAAGUAUACCUUGUUUUAAACAAGGAUUGUAUUUCUUGGUCACAUAUUCGUUCCAAGUUUUUCAAGAGGGAGAUAAGUGUAUCCUUUUGAGUGUUUUGUGCAUAAAGGUAUUUGUUAGAAAAUUAAUGUUUACUUAUUUUUGGCACUUGGCACUUCAUUCCUUAUUUUAUAAUUUAAUCCCAUGCGGAAGCUCUGUGGAGCUUGUUAUUCUAAUCUCACUAGGUGUAUGGGGGUUCAUACAGAACUUUCCAUUCUGUAAGCAGCCCUUAUAUUUGCUCAACAUUAGCUAAGGUAGUAAAUUACCCCCCCUCCUCCACUGACACCUCCUAAUUGUCCAAUCAGGUGCCUAUAAAAGCUCCUUGUCCUUAUAAGAACUGCUAGAUACAUUUAGUAGCUCUAGAUACAAUUUUAAAUCUUUACUUUACAACAGUGAUAGUUUUCUCAUACUGUCUCAAGUGAUGUCUCUAAGGUCCAGAUUCUCAGAAAAAAUUUCAAGAUUUUGUAACUUUUAGUUAAAUUAGAAAAAUGAUCUCUUUAUGAAGUUAAAAGUUCACUCUGAAAGUUGAUGAUUUGUACCAACUCUUAGUGUAAUUUUUUGUAAGCUUGAUAGACUAAUUUAAAACUUUGACAUAAUGUAGGCUUGGAAAGAUAUUCUCAUAUAAAACUAAUCUUGACUUUGACUCCUUGAUCCACAAGUAAUAAUAUAAUUUAAGUAAAAAGUUCUUCUCUUUAGGAAACAUAAAGACUGAGCUAAAAAAAUGUAAAAUGAAUUUAAUGAAUAUUGGAGAGAAAUGAGAAGAGAGUGAAAAAACUUUCAGAAUCUAAAUUGUCAUAGAAUUGACUGUCACUGAAAAUUUACUUUUACUGGUAUUUUGUAACUUCAUUGGUCACAAAAAUUACUUCUCUUUUUUUCAGUUUUGUUCAAAAUUGUCUCACUUUAUCUAAUUGCCUUAUUUAUAAACCUAGAAUAGCAUAGAUCUGAAAUGCCAAGUUUCAGAGAGCUGGCACUUAAAGAUUUGGCUGCAGGUUAAGUUUUUGAUCUGCCUUAAUUUACAGCAGUGGUAAUACUUUUUUCUAUUGGGUUUGAGUCAGUGUCAUGAUCAGUGACAUUCCCUGCCUUAGAUUGCUGCAGUUCAGUGGCGAGCUAGUGUGAGGCAAAUGAGGGCAAAUGGCGAGCAACGUGAAAACUUCUGGCUAACAUCUCCUAGGGUAACUUGACCUCUUUCCACAUCUUAAUUAUCUUACUUAAAAUACUCAUCUUAAUACUGAUUUUGGCAUUGAAAAUCUGUAAACAUAAUAACUUUUUACUCUUUGCUAAUUUAUGAGCAACUGUUAAUGGUUAACCUUUUUCUAAGAAAAUAGCUGUAAUUUUAAAGUUUCUGACAAUGUUAUUUGAUGACAAUUGAACUUCACCAAAAGAUAACUAGCUAAACUUCCUCAAACAAUUCUUUUGACUCUAUUUUAAAUUUGUAAGACUUAAAACACUUUAUUUUUUACUGUCAAUGAAACAAGCUUUAAGUGAACAAUUGGAUAUAUACAACUCAAGCAUAAACUAUUUUUCUUUAACAGGCCUCUACAGACAUAUUUUCAUCUGUCAGUGUUUUGGGGUACUUUUAAAUUCCUUCCCUUCCAUAGAGGAUUAAAACCUUUUUCUUUUAAUUUAAAGAAGUGGUCUCAAAAAGCAAUGAUACACAGCUAUCAUGUUGAUGGCAGAACUAGCGUAAACAUUUUUUUUUUUUGACUGUUUGUCAGGUUUAUGUCAUGAUGACAGAAUGGUUAGCUUGCUGGACUGGACCAAAAGGUUGAGGUCACAGCUCUAGCCAGCAUCAUUGGGUUUGGUUCUUGCACAAAACAGUCUCUGUCAGUCCCCUUCCCACCCAGGAGUAGUAAUUGUAACUGGUAAACCGUCAGGGAGACAGGAAAACUGCAAGGGGGGAGGGGUGGGGGGAGGUAACCUGUGAUGAACUGGCAUCCUUUUCCAUGGGAAAUGCCUAUGUUGCUAACUGUUUCAUGCUCUGGAAACCAGUAUAAGUUCUAGUAGCUAUGCAACUAAGGCUUGGAUGCAGACUUACCUUCUGCUCAUAGGUUGGAUGGCAGUAUCCACUUGAUAAAAUUUAUUGGUUAGCUUUAUUAACUCUUGUUUUUGGAUCCAGCUGUGAAUAUAGUUUUUCUUGAAAGGUGUUUUCAGUGGUACCCUUAACCUCUUCCAUACUCCCUUGUCAUCUUUGCUUGACACUUGGGUGAUGUGGGGAUGGUCUUUGUUAAGAUUUUCUUGGGUGUUGGUGUUAUAAAUGCUAGUCAAACACUUCCUUGAACAUUGUAUUACCUUGCAAUAUACUGAUUUUCAUAAUAAUUUCACAAACUAACUGUAUGCAGCUCUGAAAACAGAUAUUUUUUUACAUCCUAGGCAGGAGCAGAAAUUUCUACAAUAAAACCGGAAAAUUAUGCAAGGAGAUUCCUGGAGUUAAUGGAGAGAAUAUUUGAAUAGAUGUAUUAAGAGUAAUUUUUAAGCAAAAAUAUGCAGUACGUACACAAAUGUACAAUCAACUAGUCAAUCACUAGCAUUGUCAACCCUUUGAAAUCCAAAGCUCCAAAAUGUAAAAAUUAAAUUUAAUUGUUAUUUUUAAUUUUAUGACUUAUCACAGUUGCAAAUAUUAAUUUUCAUAUUCAGAUUACAUCUAGUAUUUUGUUGUUUUUCUUUUGACACCUUUAAAAUUGUUAACUAAAACAAUCCUUUCAUAAUGUAGUUGGGAGGGGGUUUAUUAUAUUUUCUAGCUGUCAUUUGACCCCUUCUGUAACAACUGGUUUUAGCAUUGGCAUUUUCACUUAGUUAGAGGUAGAUUGUUAAUAAAAUCAUAACUUUUAUCUGCUAGGAAAAAUUUUAUCUCAGUCAGAAGUAGUUGUUCUACUAAAUGCAAAGAAUGGUGAAUAAAUUUUUUCAUGUGACACAUAUGAGUUAACAUACUCUUGCCAAAAUGUUUUAAGGAUUGCAUUAGUUUUCUUAAUUUAUUCACCUGUGGAGGUUAUAUUGUUUUGAUCCAAUGAUGAAACAAUCUGUUUUCCUACGUGGGAGGAGGAAUUUUCCCAAGAUCCAAAUACAGUUAAUUUAAGGGUGAUCACAACACAAGUUAAGUCUCAAGUUUAAAUCAGUUAUAGAUGAGUUUCUUUUCUUGACCGGCCAACUUUAAUGCCUACUGGAGCAGGUUUCCUUUAAGUGCAGUUUCUUAAAAGAAGCUGCAGUGGUUUUGGUGCAAGGGGGAGGUAGGGGAGCAAUAGAUUGCAAUUGUUAAAACUUGAGGAGGUCUUAUGGACUUGUGUCAGUGUACCACUACAAUUUUAUCUGAUAUAUCUCUAACCUUUCUUUAAUGAAAUGUGUGUUAUCCCAACUAAUUUAUUUCUCCCGAAUUAUUUUACACUGAACAUUCUGGAUGAAAAGACUAGAUGAAAAUAUCUAAAUUUUAAAUGAUCAGUUGCCUUUUUCAGCUCUCUUUAAUCUCUACAGGUUAAUUUGGGUAUUUUUCUCUUUUUAUACUAAAUAUUUCAAUUUCAAGUUUAUUAUGGCCCUGGCACAAUCAUACACAGAAGACAUUUGCAGGGUUUCCCUUAAUCUGAGGUUAAUUUAUUUUCCCAUUUCAGUGAAAAUAUGACCUACUAGUACAUUUACAAUGACUCUAGCUCAGGUUUUACAUUCCAGGCACUUGCUAGCCAGUAUUUAAGCCUUUUUCUUAAUGUUAAGAUUUUAACUGUAAUAUUUUGUCUUUCGUGUUUCGGUUUAGAAAAAAUUGUGUAACUUGACACCAACGUAUCUGAGAGCCCCUAUUCUGAUGUUUUUUAAUAAAGCACUCUUUCUUUGGUUUUGAAACUCAGUGUUUCUUGGUCUUUUUAAGGUUUCAAAAUCUAUUUAUUCACUGGAUGUUUUGAUCUUGAUAAAAUUAACUUUUUAACUGGUAAACUUCAAGCAGUACUGUAUGCAUCAUCAAAAGGGAAUUUCCUAUUGUUGAAAUAUUUGUUAAAAUGCACAAAAAAACAAUUUCUGAUGCUUGUAAGCGCU